GCGCAGUUCCUGGUUUUUUCAUUCUUUAGCUUUCAGUCGAUCGUUGGUGUUUUUCCUUUACUCCGGCUACCCGGCUGCCAUCCGGUGACUUCUCAGGAUCCCACACUGAAACACACACACUGCCCCAGUUUCUCUAUUUUGAGAUUUCACUUCAAGACCUGAGUGUGCUGCCCUGUGUUGGGAAAACAGAUCUUGUGCCAACGGUUCCCCCCAGAGAAGCCAGUGGCGUGCGUAUGUCAUCAGUUUCCUGCGUGUGCUUGUGGGUCUGGUAACACAGAACAGGAAGACAGACGCGCAGAGACGUCUGAACUAAGAGAGGAAACUGCUGUGGCUUCUUCAUCAGCCUCAGAAUGACUGAGUUCUGGGUUUGUUUCAGCUGCUGCAUUGCAGAGCAGCCACAACCUAAACGGCGGCGACGGAUCGAUCGCUCCAUGAUCGGAGAGCCAACAAACUUUGUUCACACCACACACGUAGGCUCGGGGGACAUGGGCCUGGGAUUGGCAUCAGUGGAUCUUGUUCAGGCCCAGAUGAAAUCUAAAGGGGGCUACGCGCAUGGAGGGUCUGAAGGUUCUCAGUUAUAACAAGCCCUUCACAGUCUUGUGGAAACUACUGUCGUUGAUAUGAGGAAGCGUUUUCAAAAAGCAGUUCUGUCUGUAAUGGACACAGGACCAAAAGAUGAAACUACUGCUUUUCCAUAAUGUUGUAUAUAUUUUUAUUUUCCAUUCUUUUUUUUUUUGUUUUUUUUAAAUGAAAGCACUGCUAUCCAUUUGCUGCCAUACUGUUGCACUGUAAAGAGUAACUGUUAAGAGUAGAUAAGAGGGUUUAGAGAGCUCAUUAGUCUCAGUCAGAUGUAUGCUUGUGUGUAUGCAUGAGGAAAAUAUUUUCAAAAAUAUUUGCUGUAGUAGCCCAUUUGGAUGCCUGUAUUUAUUAUCUGAUUUGUAAACGGACCUCAUGGUGGCUGGGCCACGCUGGAGAUGUGGAACAUUCAGAUUCCUUCUUUACUCUCAGAGGUUUAUCAAAGGACAGGUAGCAGGUAGCAAGGCAAAAAGUGACAAGUUCAUUGUUUUACUCUGAAAAAUACUCACGGUUCUCUGAGUUGCUUUCAGGGUUGAAGAUUGCUGUUUUGUAAUAAACUUGAAAUGAGUAGAGUACACUGGACCAUACAUUGUACACUCACACUUGCUUAGAAAUUUCGCAUUGAUUUCAACUGUUUUUUUUUUAAAUAUAUAUAUUCAUUUAGAUUGAACCAUAUAGAAUUUUAAUAAACUAUGGACUUCCUAAUCUGUCUUCUGAAGUCAUGUUCAUUAUUUGUUUUACUAGUGUAAUUUGUAGCUUAGUGCUUUCAAAAAGAUUCAUAUUUUUAUAUGCAUUUUUUUUUCUUUUCAGAGCUUGUAGAUAAAGAGAUAAACUUGGGAAGUAACCAAAUUACCACUGCAAACACUGUCACAAAUGUGGGUCAGGUUUUGAUACAGUCAUUUACCUACUAUAUGUCCAUCAUAUCCCACCUGAUUAGCUGUAACUGCUGUUCCUUUUGGCCUGGACAGUUAGUGUUACAUAACGUGUCUGGUCAUGACUUCUUGGACGAAAAUCAUUUUUCACUUCUUGUUUGUUCUUGUUCCUCUGCUGGUCUGAAUAGUUGCACGUUUUUUUUUUUUUUGACAACUCAGAUGCUGGUUAGCUUUAAGUUGACAGAGGCUCUUAAAUGGCAUUUAUUUGAAUCUGGCCCACCUCUGCGGUAGUGUUUGUGAUUCCAUUGCUUCAGUAUUAAAAGAUAUUUUCAUGUCAUGUCAACAUUAUUUUGUCAAAAACAUUUGUCAUGAAACAUUGAUAAAAAAAAUUCAUCUGACCCACUAUGAACAUUCAGUUAAGUUAUUCCCAGUUUUUCUAUUUGUGCAAAUGUUUACCCACCUUUUUCAAGCAGAUAGGAUUUUUUUUUAAAUACACGUUUCUUCUGUUUGCGGAUAAAGAAAUGCAGCUCUUAAUUCCAGAUUCCUUUGGUUAUCAAAUGCACCAUUACCACUGGUACAUCUGUCGUUUCCUAGUAUUAUCAUAUUUCUGAACCAGACUCCAUUGAAAAUAUCAUUAAAUCAGAAAGGUCUAAAGUGUCAAGCAAACCAGCGGACCUCGAUCAAUACAUGUGAUUGUCUGUCCUCCACGUGCAUCCUAUGAUUGUAUUAUGAAGUCGAACAAAAGUCUGUGUAAAUUGGUGUUAAAUUAGUGCUAUUGUAAACUAUUCGUGAUACGAGAAUGAAAUCUUUGGUGUUGGUACCCGACAACGUAAAAUAUCAGAUAAUAAAAAAAAAGACACCUCAUUUAUUUAGUCACAUUUGUAAUAUCUUAUCAUUUAUAGCCUUAAAAUUGCUGGUAACCACUUUCCCAAUUUUCACUGACAGAUUUAAUAAUGUGGUUCAUCAGGCUAACACACUCUCACAGAGAUCUAAUGUUUUUGUUUAAAUGUUUCUGUAGUAAUUCCUGUGUAGAAAGAGAUCCACACGUGUGUAGACUAGUUUGUGUUUUGUUUUUUCCAGCUCCAGGUUAAAUGCUGUAGUAUUAUAUGUGCAGACAUACUGGGAUUGCAGUAUAUUAUGUGACCAGCAGGCUGUGUUGGUGGACUGGUUGAAUGUGACUUUAAAAACUUUGUUUCCUUUUGGGAUUCCUGUCACAGGACUUUUAUGAUGAUAAUACUGUAAAUACGUAACAUAAAAGUAAUAGCUUCAUGGUUUAUAUGUAUUCAGGGUAAUACAUAUUCUUUCCUGUAUAACAUUACAGGGAAGGUAAGGUUGCAGCAGUGUUUUUUUUUUUUCCUGAGGAUCUGCCUGAUAAUGUAGUUCCCACUUUGAGGGACAUUCAUCUGUCUGCAUUUUUCAGAAUAAACACUGAGAAAUAAAUGUUAUCUGUUAACGUUUCAA